GGUUUUUAGGUGUGUUCCGGGCGGGAGUCUGCGCAGGAGCAGCUGUUUACACCGGGGCGUGUUCCUACUGACACCGGAAGUGUGUCACCGUCCGUCUCUCCUCGCUCGUUUCCUGUUGGAUCCUCACUUCCUGGUAGGAAACAUGGCCGGUUCCUCGGAGCAGCAGAAAUUCAGCUUCCAGGAGAUUCUCGACACGUUCAAACUGUGUCUGACUGAAAGUAAAGAAGUGGACCUCCAGCAUUAUCUGGACGGCUGGCGAGGGCUCGUGAAGUUUCUGAACCGAUUAGGCAGCGUCUUUGGCUUCAUUUCCAAAGAUGCGUCCAACAAGAUCCAGAUCCUGGUCGGUCACCUGAAUGGCGAGAAUGGGUCUCAGUACGUCACCAUCCAGUCGAUGGUGAACUUCGAGCUGGAGAAGGAACUGGUGGACCUGACCAAGAAAGUAGGCCAACACCCUGAGUCCGGCUGCCGCACCCUGCUGAGGCUCCACCGUGCGCUGAGGUGGCUGGAACUUUUCCUGGAGCGCCUGCGCACCAGCACAGAGGACGGCAAGACCUCCGUCAUGUGCGCAGAGGCCUACAACGAGUCCCUCGCCCAGCACCACGCCUGGGUGAUCCGCAAGGCUGCGGGCGUGGCGUUCUGCGUGCUCCCCGGGCGUCUUGCUUUCUUCGAGGCGAUGAAUGUGGGCCCCCCAGAGCAGGUGGUGGCCAUGCUGGGGGAAGCCCUGCCUCUAAUCUCUGAGGUGUACCAGAUCACAGAGAAACUUUACGCUCAUCAUAACCUGCUUGAAUUAGCAUAGAGAGCAGGGAGGGCUGUGGUUUACCUCUUUAUACGUGACACCAUUAACGAUGUGUCCCUGGUGAUGGGCUGGUGAGCGAGCUGCUACUCCUGUUAAAGAGUUGUUUAUUAUCCUCAUGGUAUUGGGCACAAUUAUUUCCUCAUAACUACAUUGACACUCGUCUGUACCUCCUGCAGAUUUGAAUGUAAAACUACUGUUUACUCUUGGUAAUACACGUCUGAAUCCUCUGUUUAAUUCAGUAAAUGUAUUUUUGAUUUAAAAUGGAUAAAGGAAACUGUAGGUUAUCGGCUCUGACUCCUGAGAUGUCGUUUUUAAACCCCUCAAAUAACACUUGAGAAUUGAGGCUCGACAUUUAACAGUUAACCAUAAAUCAAAUUAUAAAUUGAUUUAAGACAUUUUGAAUACAACGUCAAAUGUCAACAUAAAUGCACAUCUUUUCUACAUUGUUCAUUCUGUGAAAUAAAAGUUUUCACAUUGGAAAACUUAAACUCAGAUACCAAUAUUUUUAUCGUCCAACUGAUAAACCAGUCGGCUCUGCAGAGAAGUACAGUGGGAAUUAUUGGAGUCGUUAUUUCCUGCCAACAGCUGCUUGUUUUCAUUAUUCAUGAAAAUGAGAAGAUAGAUUGAUUCUGCUUCCUAACUUUAAACACUGGGCUUCUGCUUUACAGCUUCGUAAAUGUAAGAAAUUUGCUGCUUCUAUCUUGUGUUUACCUCAAAGUGAUUUUGUUGAUUUUGAAUUUGAGUUAACCAAUCAAUCGAUAAAGAAGAUAAUCAUUAGUUUGUAAUUUUGAUCCAACACCAAUCAUGAUUUGUACGUAUCGGCGAGAUUCUUGUAUUAAUUAAUGAAAUAAUAAUAAGACCAUUCAUUCAAGAUUCCUUUUGCUCUAAUACAUUAUGAAAUCUAACGAGUAACACAUUUAUCGUCCUGUCACAGAGUUGGAUUUACUCUUAUCUAAUAUGAGAUUGAAUUAAAUGCUAAUAUCAGAUGUUGUGUAAUUUAUCACGGUCGUGUAUUAAGAGAAACGACCGGCAGCAAACUGCAGCUUUAUUAGAAAAGUAGUUUUAAAACCGCUCCAAAGACAAAGAAAACUCUAAAUGUGCCAAAUGUAUUUUAAUGGUAAAGUGAACACACCGUAACACUAUGAAACAAAAAAGCUGAAGUAAAGUGAAUCUUCUGAUUUCUACCAAACACUAAGAAUCUGAAAAUUCAGAUAAUUUGUUGAAGAUUUAGUUUUUUUUUGUAAAUGAAAAGCUCAGUUGUUUUUUUUCAUUGUGAUCUUUGGGCAUUUUUUAUUUAAAAUGUGAAGAAACAUCCAGUGUUGUGCAGCUAAUGUACAGGAAGUGAAGUGAAUGCUGUACUGAUACAUGCGAUGUACUGUAUUUUGUUAAUUUAUUACUAUGAAUUCAAACAGAACUCAUCCUCACUGUAGCCUAAUGAAACAAAAACAUCAAAAAAUAUUAAAAGAUUAUUAGUCUGGUGUUCGAUCUGAUUAUUUAUCAUCGAUCUGCACUUUUUAUCUGUGAA